GGCAGGAGGCAUGUGUCUUUAGGAGAACACUAAAAAUCAGUGACCGCGGGGCUCGUCUGAGACAUCAGAUAUGGGAUUAUCACAGACCACACUGUGGCUGAGAAGAGGUGAAGGGCGAGAGUGAAGAGUGUAUCUGCCUUUUCUGAUGUGGUAGCAACUUAGGCAAACACCAGGGACUUUGUUCAGAUUGCUAUUAGCGUUCUUAAAUAUCUGACUAUCUGGGGACGGCGAGUGUGAUCCCAGAUCCAAGACAUCGGCUGUGGGUGAGAGAACUCCUUGUGGGCCCAUCAGCGGUCUGUUUAUGCCUGGAUCUUAUUGGAUGUGUUACUGAGACCUGGAGAGAGAGUUACAGUGCUUCCCAUGGAUCCAAACAUCCAGGGGUCUUUUCUGUUCAACAACAGCCUGAAUCAAUUCCCCUCGGAGCUCAAGGCCCCAGUUUGCCAGUACUCAGUGCCCAACUCAUUCUACAAGCUCAACCCGGGCCUAAACAGUCAGCUGCAGGCGGGGACGCCUCACGGCAUCAGCGACAUCCUGAGCCGCUCCAUGAUGGGGAUGGGGUCCACGGGCACCACCACCCUGCUGUCCGGAUACUCCACCAUGGGGGGGUUCAGCCCCUCCGUCACCAGCACGUCCAUGUACUAUAACCGAGACUACAACCCCUCCCUGGGCGGCUUCUCCAAGCCCGGCGCCGAGUGCCCCAUGAAGGGUCGGAGUGUGAGCUGCUGGGCGGAGAGCGGCUGUGACUGGAGAGGAGGGAGGCAGCAGUGCACAAACAGUAAUGGUCCUUUGGGGGAGAUGACAGGCAGGAAGAAACACACCAGACCAACAUUUAGUGGACAUCAGAUAUUUGCUCUGGAGAAAACAUUCGAGCAGACAAAGUACUUGGCCGGGCCUGAGAGAGCGAGACUGGCUUAUUCUCUGGGCAUGACUGAAUCCCAAGUCAAGGUCUGGUUUCAGAACCGACGCACCAAGUGGAGGAAGAAGAGCGCGUCGGAGCCGAGCUCCACGCAGGCCAGCCUCGCAGGGCAGAGCGGCGAGGCCUCGGAGAACGAGGUGGAGGACGAGGAGUACAACAAGCCUCUGGACCCCGACUCUGACGACGACAAGAUCCGGCUGCUGCUGCGCAAACAUCGCAGGGCUUUCUCCGUCCUCCGCCUCGGGCCUCACGUCUGACACACUGCUGCUCCUCAGCAGACUUGCAUGCUGCAACGAGAGUCACUGGUUUUGUUUUGAGUACAAAGCUGAAUUUAAGCAUGUUCAGAAUAAGGUCAUUUGUGGUCAUCCAACAAAAGAGUAUCAAGUGUUUCAGUAGACAAACAGGCUGUAAAGAUUAAGCUAAAAAGACGUUUACUUUUAUAUGUUACUGUGUCUCUGGCCUGUUAAAUGUUACACUAUGUA